AUGAAGGAAGUGAUUGCCGAGGAAGUAGGAAAGGCAAUCGAAAAUAGCUUAUCCGGUUUUAUUGAUAAGAUCCAAAACACGGUACUAUCGGUAGUUGAUGAAAGAAUCAAGAAGUUGGAAGAUAGCACCAACAUAGCUAAAGAGAAAUUGGGAGAGCGCAAGGGUUGCUCAUACAAGGAAUUUAUGGCAUGUAAACCACCACUUUAUAAUGGAGAGGUGGAUCCGAUAAUAUGCCAACGAUGGUUAAGUGAUAUUGAGGGGGUGUUUGAGAGAACUCACUGCGACACGAACGACUUUGUAGCUUAUGGUACGGGUCAGCUUAGAGGUCAAGCAAAGGAUUGGUGGGAUAAUAAGAAAAAGGAAAUUGGAAGCGAAGCGGCUAGGGCAAUGACCUGGGACGAGUUUAAGGUACCAUUCCUUAAACACCACAGUCCCAAGGCGGUUAUCAAUCGAAUCAAAGAGGAAUUCAUUCAGCUUAGGCAGAAAGGUGAAUCUAUCGAUAAGAUCACGGGGAUCUUUCUCGACAAACUGAGAUUUUGUGAUGAGUUGGUGACAUCCAAAGAACAGAAAGUGUAUUAUUACUAUAAUAUGCUAAGUGCAGAGUAUCGGGAGUUUAUGACUCCCUCGAAGUACAAGACUCUCACUGAAAUCAUUAAUACUGCUCGAGAAAGAGAGAUAGAGCUGAAGAAGCAAAUAGAGAGAGGUGAAAGAAGGGCACAAGUUGUUAAUCUAAGCCCUAGGAAAAAGGCGCGUACAACUGAGUCAUCUAAGAAACAGGAUGGGAAAGGCGGGUCACCGAGCUAUAAGUGCUACCAACUGGGUCAUAAGAAAUCGGAAUGCCCGGAGCUAGUCGGGAAAAAGGAUGGUAAGGAUUCACAUACAGAGACUCCAAAAGCAAAAGCAGAUCCUUCCAAUUAA